CUUUGCUGGGGCGUGCUGCGUUUGUUUGUCUCGGCGGCAGAGGAGGGAAAGUGCAGUUCCCGACAAGGAUCGACAGGGCGGCGGAUCAUGGCACCUAUUGGAGGGACCCCGAAAAACAAGAAGGGUAUUCUUGAACGUCUAGAUGCUGGAGAAAUUGUGAUUGGUGAUGGAGGAUUUGUCAUUGCUCUCGAAAAGAGGGGAUAUGUAAAAGCUGGGCCUUGGACUCCAGAAGCUGCUCUAGAACACCCAGAAGCAGUUCGUCAGCUGCAUCGAGAAUUCCUCAGGGCUGGAUCAAAUGUUUUACAGACAUUCACCUUUUAUGCCAGUGAUGACAAAUUAGAAAACAGGGGGAACUAUGUAGCUGAUAAACAUUCUGGCAAGAAAGUAAACGAAGCAGCCUGUGAUAUUGCAAAAGAAGUGGCUCAAGAAGGGGAUGCUUUGGUGGCUGGAGGCGUCAGCCAAACCCCUUCAUACUUAAGUAGCAAGAGUGAAGCUGAAGUUAAAUCAAUCUUUCGAAAGCAGCUAGAGGUUUUUACUAAAAAGAAUGUGGACUUCUUAAUUGCAGAGUAUUUUGAACAUGUGGAAGAAGCUGUGUGGGCAGUUGAAACCUUAAAAGAAGCUGGGGUUCCAGUUGCAGCAACUCUUUGUAUUGGUCCAGAAGGAGAUAUGCAUGGCAUAUUACCUGGAGAAUGUGCUGUCAAACUUGUAAACGCUGGUGCUUCUAUUGUUGGAGUGAACUGCCAUUUUGAUCCAGCUACUUCCCUCAAAACUCUGAAACUCAUGAAGGAGGGCUUGGCAGCUGCUAAACUAAAAGCGCACCUCAUGUCACAGCCACUUGCGUUUCAUACUCCGGACUGUGGGAAGCAGGGGUUCAUUGAUCUACCUGAAUUUCCUUUUGCUUUGGAGCCAAGAAUUCUAUCCAGAUGGGAUGUUCACAAAUAUGCAAGAGAGGCCUAUAAUUUGGGGGUUCGAUAUAUUGGAGGGUGCUGUGGGUUUGAACCAUAUCACAUCAGAGCAAUUGCCGAGGAGCUGGCCCCUGAAAGAGGAUUUUUACCACAAGCCUCUGAAAAACAUGGCAGCUGGGGAAGUGAAUUGAGCAUGCAUACCAAACCAUGGGUCAGAGCAAGGGCUAGGAAGGAAUACUGGGAGAAUCUCUUGCCUGCUUCAGGAAGACCAUAUUGCCCCUCACUGUCAAAGCCAGAUGCCUGGGGGGUCACCAAAGGGGAUGCUGAGUUGAUACAGCAGAAAGAAGCAACAUCUGAACAACAGCAGAAAGAACUCUUCAAAAGACAGAAAUUCAAAUCCAGCACUGUAGCAUAGAUUAUUAGCAAUUUUGUCUAUGCAAAAUCAAGCAUGUCACUGUAUAAUUGACAACUCAGUGGAAAGAUCAGACAGAAUUUAUUAAUUGCAAGUUGGAAGUAUAAUAAAUCUCAAAACACUUUUAAAAAAUUAAAA